AUGAAAACAGAAGGGCUGGUUUCUGUGCUACACCUUGUUUUUAUUUUGAAUGUGGUAGAUGAAGCUACUGGGUUGCGAGUGAAAGUGCCUUCACUGCCCAUUCAGGCAGAAGAUGACGCCGUCCAUGGCAAAGGAACUGCAGGUUGCUCUUUCGGGGACAGGCUGUACGCACUGCGGGAUACCUGGCACCCAGACCUGGGACAACCCUUCGGAAUCAUGCACUGUGUCGUUUGCCACUGCGAGCCGCAAAUAAAUCGAAGAGGCAAAGUUAAUGGCAAAGUAAACUGCCGAAAUAUUAAACACGACUGUCCCGAGCUGCAGUGUCGUGUUCCUGUUCUCCUGCCCGGACACUGCUGCAGAACAUGCCCGAAGAAACCAGAGGAGAUGUUCGAUGGAUUUGAAUAUUUUCCUCUUGAAAAGGAGGACAAUCUGCAAAAAAGUCCCAAUGAUCGUUCUUACAUCAGCUCUGAGGAUAUUUCAAUGGACGAUAGUAGAACAGAUUUUGUAGCCUUGCUCACGGGAACAUCUGGACGAUCGCCAGCAUCCAAAGGCGUGGCCAAGGCUCGACUCACUCUGGUCAGAUCCAACCUCAUCUUUGCCAUUCAUUAUGAAAGACUCAGCCGUCCUAUCAGGGUUAGCUUUCGGGAUCGUGAUGGUAUUAUUUUAUUUGAACACCCUGUCCACAAGACAUCUUCUCCUCAAAGCAAUCUGAUCUGUGGCAUGUGGAGGAAUGUGCAUAAACCUUACAUCAAGCUCCUCAAAUCUGAUCAGCUCCAUGUUGCUUUGAUGACACAGCCCCAACCAGAUGUUAGCAUCCAAGGCAAGAUUGUUAAGCACAGAGCACUUUUCGCUGAAACAUUUAGCUCUGUUCUGACUUCGCCGAACCCCGAAUGCUCAGGGCUGGGUGGUAUUGCCAUGCUGACACUCAGCGACGUUGAGAAUAACUUACACUUCAUCAUCAUGUUUGAGGGUUUGCUGAGGAGGAAUAAGAAAGAUCAUAGCAUGGUGCCUGUGCGAGUGCAGCUGCUUUACAGAAACCAAGCACUGAGAGAAGUCCGAGGCAACAUAACAACCCGAGACACUGAUUUUGCUGAAGUGCUGACUGAUCUCAGUAACAAAGAGAUGUUCUUGCUUUCACGUGGCCAGCUAGAAAUUGCCCUGGAGACUGAGGACAGAAAUCCAAAUCGUAUUUCAGGAUUCAUCACAGGCAAGAAAACAUGUGAUACUAUUCAGAGUGUACUAUCAGGUGGAAAUGCUCUUACACCAACCAAAACUGGUGCUGUUGGCUCAGCGAAAUUUACUUUGCAUGAUAAUGGUACUCUAGAAUUCCAGGUACAAGUAGCUGGUACAGCCAGUGAAGUCAUAGGACUCACAAUUGAAACAAAACCUCGGCGCAAGAACAAACGCAAUAUUUUGCAUGACCAAACUUCUGACUACAGGAAUGGUUUUGCAAUUGGAGUCAGUGAUAGGCUGAAUGCGAGAGACAUUCAUAUGUUGUUACAGAAUGAGCUUUUUAUCAAUGUUGCAACAAAGGAGUAUGAAGAUGGGGAGCUAAGAGGACAAAUCAAUUCUUUACUCUAUAGUGGUCUUCAAGCAAGAUACCAUGAGCUUCCAAUUCCUCUAGCUGGACAAUUUGUGGUGCCCCCUAUUAAGACUGGUUCAGCAGGACAUGCGUGGGUAUCCUUGGAUGAACAUUGCCACCUGCAUUAUGAGAUAGUUGUGUCAGGGCUCAGCAAAGCUGAAGAUAUUACAAUUAAUGCACAUCUCCAUGGAUUUGCUGAGAUUGGGGAAAUGGAUGAUAAUAGCGGAGAACACAAGCGCCUUCUUAAAGGUUUUUAUGGAUCAGAGGCUCAAGGAAUACUAAAGGACAUCAGCACUGAUCUUCUAAGACAUCUUAAUAGAGGAACUGCAUUUAUACAAGUUAGCACGAAACUUAAUCCCAAAGGAGAGAUACGAGGCCCGGUGCUGAUUCAAAACCAGUGCGAAUCGAAAGGAUUUGUUACACCUAAAGAACCUGAUUAUGAAGAAAGUCUCUUUCAGGAAAUUAAACCUGAUCCAGAGGAGUUGAAGAAAGAUCCAAAUUCUUGUUUUUUUGAAGGGCAACAGCGAGCACAUGGGUCUCAGUGGGCACCAGACUACGACCGGAAAUGCUCCAUCUGCAGUUGCCAGAAAAGGACUAUAAUAUGUGACCCAAUCAUAUGCGCUCCUCUGAACUGUUCAGAAAUUGUCCAUGUUGACGAUAAAUGCUGUCCUGUUUGCAAAGAUAAAGUAGAAACACAAGAUGAAAAGAAAACAGAAGUCGAGCAUGUUGAAGGUUGCUAUUUUGAUGGGGACAAGAAAUGGCAUCCUGCUGGGACAACCUGGCAUCCAUUUGUACCACCCUUUGGCUAUGUGAAAUGUGCAGUGUGCACUUGUAAGGGGGCUACUGGGGAGGUUCAUUGUGAGAAGGUUCAAUGUCCUCAUCUACCAUGUAGCCAACCUGUUAGAAAGAAUGUAUCAGACUGCUGCAAAGAGUGCCCAGAGAUUGCCCCUUUUGACCACACAGACAUGAUGCAGGCUGAUGGGCCCAGGCCCUGCAAAUUUGGGCGUCAUACAUACAUGAACAAUAAUAAAUGGCAUCCCGAAGUUCCUCCGUUUGGGGAAAUGAAAUGCAUUACUUGCUGGUGUGAUGAAGGGUCCACAAAGUGCCAACGAGAGAAGUGUCCAGUACUGACAUGUGAGAACAUUAUAAAGCAACAACAUAAAUGUUGUCCAGAGUGUGAAGAUCUGACUUCAUAUUAUGAUGAAGAUGGAGAGAAGUUAAAAGGCCGAAAGAAGGGGAAAAGUAGCUGGAAUGCCAAACCAUCAUUGGACUGA